AUGAGAGCCAGUAACCUUGCAAAACGAAUCUGCAGGGCUUGCAGAAAGCAAGCAGCCUUCCAGCGGAGGACGCACGACACGAGGCUUCUACAUCAUUUGGGCAAGCUCUUGUCCCACCAGCUGCCCGGGCAGAUGGACCAGGAGAAGCGGCAAGAGCUUGUGAAGCUCAUGGUGUCCGCUGGCUCAGAGGACAUCGGGACGAAAGGCAGGCUCCAUUGUGAUGAACUUUGCUCUCCAGAGACGACUCUCCGACUGAGCAUGCAAGAUUGUGAUGUCAUCCAGCAGGUGCGUGCGGAGAUGCAUUUCUGCGUGGGUGCGGCUACUAGCUCGCAGCCUUUGCAUGGACAGCAGUUGGAGGCCAUUAUGGUGGAGCUACUUCACUUGGGCAUCAAGUGGGACGAGCUGAAGAAGGAGGAUCGUGAAAAACAAGAUGCCGAAGAGUUUGUGAAGGCGGUCAGACAGCUGACCCAACGAGUUGACUACUUGCGUGAGUUGGAGAAUCCAGUGAAUGGUGGCCACUGCCAGACAACAUGCUCCGAUUUCAGGCUGUUCUUCCUGAUUCUGAGAAGGGAUGUCUGA